AUGACACAAGAAACUGUUUUUAUUACUGGUGCAACAGGUUAUAUUGCUAAACACAUAAUCUUUCAAUUGUUAGAAAAAGGUUACAAGGUUGUCGGGCAAGUGAGACUGAACGAGAAAGGGGAAAACUUAGUUAAACAAUUCAAUAAUUCCAAUUUCCAAUAUGAAGUUGUUGAAAUUUUAGAAAAGGAUGGUGCUUUUGAUGAGGUUUUGUCUAAGCAUCCGGAAGUUACUGUUUUCUUACAUACUGCUUCUCCUGCUAUAGUUGUUACUAAAGACAAUGAAAAGGACAUUUUAAUUCCAGCUGUGAAAGGAACUAAAAAUGUCCUCCAAUCAAUUAAGAAAUCGGCUCCUCAAAUUAAGAAAGUUAUUAUUACUAGUUCUGUAGCUGCAACUAUUUCUAAUGCAGACUUAACUAACCCAAAUUUUAGUGGUGGUGAAAACACUUGGAAUCCUGAGACUUAUGAAGAGGCUAUCAAAGGUGAUGGUGGCAAUGCUUAUAGGGCCUCCAAAGCCUUGGCAGAAAAGGCAGCCUGGGAAUUUGUUGAAAAAGAAAAGCCAAAUUUCAAAUUGUCAACCAUUUUGCCAAGCUAUACAUUUGGGCCACAAGUUUUUGAAUCAGACAUUGAAAACUUACAUGGCACUGCGAAAUUGCUUGCAGAUUUGUUGUAUUUGAAGAAAGACAGUCCGAUCCAACCAUUUUUUGGUGUCAGUGGUGAUGUUCGUGACGUUGCUAAAGCUCACAUUCUUGCUUUUGAAAAAGAAGAAGCUGAGGGUAAGCGUUUUGUCAUUUCUGUAAACACUUUCAACUUUCAAUGGGUAAUUGAUAUCUUUAGAAAGAAUUUUAAGGAUUUGGCAGAAACUUUGCCCGUAGGAACUCCAUUACCAGAGAAUUUCUUUGCCCAUGCAUUAAAAGUGAAUGAUCAAAAUGCAAGAAAGAUAUUGAACAUCGACUAUAUCCCAUUUGAAAAAACCGUAGUGGACCAUAUCAAGCAAAUUAUUGAUCAUAAGAAUUAG